GAGAGAGAGAGAGAGGCAGAGGAUAGCCCCUAUACCUCUCCCCACCCUGAUGCUGUUUGACUGAUCCCCACGAUCGGUCCUGCCACUAAUCUGGAAAAGGAGCUCGGUAAAUGUCAGUAAGAAAUGUGAAUAAAAGUCCCAGAGGAACUCCAGGCAGGAGCAAGUUUGAAACCACCCCCCAUCACGCCCGCGGACUGUGGAAAUUCCAAAGUGCUGCAUAUAAAACAGAAUGAGCUCAGUCACUCAGUUUCACAAGGAGCAAUACUGCUACAGGGCACACGUACACACACAGAGAGAGAGAGAGAGGGAGAGAGAGGAGGGGGAGAGACCGAGCCUGUUCACUGCUGUGGGUGAAACCGGGAAGUUCCAGACCUGCUCGGCAAUGAACUUAUUGUUUCUGAAACACGUGGACACCUUCCUGAGGGACCCGAGGGUUUCAUUGUCUUCGGAGGAACCUGGUGAAGAUCAGGAGGACUGGUGCUACGGUACCAAGGCUGACCAGGGGUUCGAGCACAAGUACUACUGUGGGGCGUGCGAGCGUCUGAUGAGGGACCCCGUACAAACAGAGUGCGGCCACCGCUUCUGCCAGGAAUGUCACCGUGCCCUCUUGAAAGAAUCUGUAAUCUGCCCGUCCUGCUUACGAGAUAACGGAAUAGUUGAGAACGGUCGGUGUGCCACGCUAGAGAAGUGUUUCAAGGACAGAGCCAUCGCAAAGGAGAUUCUCAAUCUUCAGGUGUACUGUCAAAACGAGGGCUGUGUGUGGACUGGGCCCCUCAGGGAGCUGGAGGGGAAACACCGAAUGAGCUGUGAGCACAGGCUGCGAAAGUGCCCCUUCAGUGUGCUCGGCUGCACAGAGAUGGUUUCUGGGCCCGGCCUGCAGGAACACAAGCUCAGCUGCAUCCAGCAACACCUCGACCAUGUGCUGCAGGCCCUGCGGCAGGGCCUGGGGAAACCGGAACACAGCCUCACUUCGGUGCAGGGGGACCUGGGCUGUGACGGGCUGCCAGGGGACAAGGAGGAGGCACAGCAUGAGCUGAGGGUGAGGGUGCAGACAUUUGAAAACAUUGUCACCGUCCUGAACCGCGAGGUGGCCGACACAUCCAACACCCUGAUGGCUCAGGAGAGGAAGCUGAAGGAGCAAGAGAUGAUGACUGCACAGCUCAGGAGCAAGAUACAGCAGCAUGAGAAAUCAAUUUGCCUGAAGGACCUGGUGAUUGCUGAUCUUCAGCUGCGCCUUGAUGCCCUGGAGCACACUUCCUACGAUGGCACCUUAGUCUGGCCCAUCUCCGACUUCACUCGCAAGUUACAAGAUGCCAUUGAUGGAACAACUCCCUCCAUCUUCUCCCCAC